GGUUUUGGGAGGUUUCGUCACCCGCUUACGUUUAACGGCAAUGGAAAAGUCUGAAGAACUGCAUCAAUUUCUAGAGAGGGAAUGAAAGAGGUUGAUCUCUCUGUUGCAAAUAUCAGAGAGAGUAUCAAAUAUGUGAAAGGUUCACAGGCAAGAAAACAAAAUUUUUUGGAAUGUGUCAAGCAAAGCUAUCUUGACUCUAAAAGAGGAUUGAGGCAAGAUGUUCCUACGAGGUGGAACUCAACAUUUAUCAUGCUUGAUUCUGCCAUUUACUACAAACAUGCUUUUCAACAGUUGGAACUACUGGACUCGAAUUUUAAAUGUUGCCCCAAUAACAAUGAAUGGGAGAGGUUGGAGAGUAUUUGUAAGUUCCUCGCUCCUUUCUAUGAGAUUAUUUGUGUUUUUUCUGGCACAAAAUAUCCCACUACAAAUCUCUUCUUCCCUUGUGUUUCUGCUGCUUAUGCAACACUUAAGCAUGAAAGGUCUUAUGGUGUUGAGUACAUCAAAGAUAUUGCAACAAGGAUGAUAGCCAAAUUCGAGAAGUAUUGGUUUGAUUUCAAUGUCAUCUUGGCAAUAGCUGUCAUCUUGGAUCCUAGGUACAAGUUUACAUUUGUUGAGUGGUGUUAUAGAAAGUUAUAUGGAGGUGAUUACAUUAUUGAAACUAAAAAGGUCAGGGAUAAACUAUUUGCUUUAUUUGCAAACUAUGAAAAAGUUGAACGACAAGCUUCUGAUGGGCAGUCAUCAGGACCCACACAAAGCUUUCAAGCUGUUAGCCCUACGAGUUUUCCUCCUACAAUUAUAAAGUCACAAUUUCUUCAGCUAUGGCUCGAGAUGUUCUAUGCAUUCCCAUUUCCACGGUAACUUCUGAAAAUGCGUUCAGUAACAGUGGUAGAGUAUUGGAUCAGUACAAAAGUGCUUUAAAACAUGACAUUGUCGAAGCCUUCGUUUGCACUAAAGAUUGGUUAUAUGGAGAAAAUGUUUUGAAUGAUCCAGAACUCGAGACUGUCACUGAGGACAUCAUGAACUUAAAUUUAUGAGAAAUUGCCAGCGAAGGCGGCAAUGGUUCAAUUAACAGGGUAGCGUAGUUGGUGUUGGGGAGGAAGUAUUAAGAACUACCUAUUAAUAUUUUCUGAAUUCUGCUGGGUUUUUGCUGGUUAUGGAGCAAGAGAAGCAGAAAGCUAUGAUCAGUGAGAUGGUCGGAAAACUGACAAAUGUGUGCUGGGACAAAUGCAUUACAGGCACUCCUGGAAGCAAAUUCAGCUCUGGUGAGACCUCCUGCCUCACCAAUUGUGCUCAGCGGUAUAUGGAUAUGAGCAUAAUCAUCAUGAAACGCUUCCAGUCCAUGCAGUGAAGAAAAUCACUAUCUUGUUUUUUAGUUUCAAUCUUCAAUCUGCACCAUAUAACUAGGUUGAGACGCUUCUUUUUUCCUUGGUAAGUUACUUGGACUCUGUUUUUCUUCGGUUUCAUUGAAGAAAAUCCUUUCUGUUUCGCUGAAAUUACUUAUGUUUUGCAUUAUUAUCAGUUUCUUACUGUGAUCUUC